CACAUACUCCGACAAGAGUAUUUGAACUACUGUCCUACAGCCCCAGCUAAAAGCGAAGCAUUGGUAGGUCAAGCAUACCUGUAGUAGACAUGCAGCUGAAAGAUAAAGUAGUGUUCAUCACCGGCGGGGCACAGGGAUUUGGUAAAGCCAUAGCUGAAGCAGUAUUGAAGAAGGGUGCAAAGGUUUGUCUCGCAGAUGUCAAGAGGGAUCAAGGGGAGGCAACUGCCAAGGAACAACAAACUUCCAGUGGAGCUGAUAAUGUCUUCUUUGUGAAAUGUGACGUGACGAAUGUUGCUGAGUUUGAGGAUGCUUUCAAAGCUGCCGUCUCGAAAUUUGGUCAUGUUGAUGUAAUGUGCAACAAUGCAGGCAUAGUGGACGAACGGAUAUGGGAAAAAGAACUAGAAAUUAAUUUCACGGCCGUUGUGCGGGGAACCAUGACGGCGCUGAAUCACAUGAGGAAGGAUAAAGGGGGUAGGGGCGGCGUCAUCAUCAACACUGCGUCAAUGGCAGCGUUGCUACCUACAUACUGGUUCCCUGUUUAUGGGGCCAGUAAGAGCGCUGUUUAUCACUUCACGUCGAGUUGGGCACAAAAUCCUGAAAUGAAAGCUGCCGAAGUUCGACUGGUCAGUAUCUGCCCCACGGGUGCUAAAACGGCCUUUUUUGACAUGGAUGACGACCAGAUCACUCAACGUGCACACUUCAUAGAACAAACCGUGUUUUGCACGGUAGACCAGGUGGUUAGCGCAUUCCUUAUGGCAAUGGAGGACGACACCAUCAACGGCACAGCCCUCACAGUCAGAGCCAAAGAAGGUGUGGUCAAGAUGAAGUUGAGCAUGGUCCCGGUGGAAUAAUACCACGACACGUACCAUAUAAAAUAGCUCCCCCAAAUGCGAGAACCUAAGCAGUAGUAUUAAUAGUGUCCUUUCUAUAAAGUUUGCGUAUUUGCGUAUGCUUA